CUCAGCACAUUGCUUGGUUCGGGGCCUGUAGGCGAGCCAGGACGCUUCGCCACUGCUCGAGUGGCUCCUCCGAGGCCGCGCGGGCCCGACCGCCCCGGCACCUCUGGCGGGGCCUCCGCCCGCCGGCCCCCGGGCGCAAAGGGCGCGGGGGGCAGGCGCGGAGGAUGGCGGGAGGCGCGCGCCAGGUGCGAAAAAAGCGCCUUCGGCCCCGACGUGCCGGGGGUGCACAACACCCGGUCUUCCCCUGGGCAGGAGGCAGGGAGGGAGGAGGAGGCCAAAAGGGCAGGGGGGAGGAGGAGGAGGGGAGAACCGCUGGCGCGUGGAGGCCGCGCUCCCGCGGCAGGCCUGCGCCGGGGCGCCACGGGCCGCGUGGAGCUGCCGCCGGCCUGCAGCCCCCCGCGCUGCGGCGCGGGUGCCUCCCGCCUCUCCCGGGCGCCCCCCCCCCCC